UUGCUUUGUUGCGUGCAAACUUGCUACGACCGGAAUGGAGCCUCAGCAUAUUGUUUCCAUUGACGAGAUCGAGCUUCACUCGAGGAAGAUUGUCAAAAUAGAAGAAAGCAGCAGUCACAACCGGCCUGCCACUACCAGGGAGGAAAAGAUUAAAACGUUAAUGAGGGCUCAAAUAAAAGCGGUGGAAGAGGCAAGAAUACAAAAGGUUAUAUUCUUGCUGCGAGAUCAUGACAAUUUCGUGAAGUACUUUGAGCCAAGAGUGGCAUCAUUCGGUCCUAUCCAUCAUGGCAAGCCAAAGUACCAGCGAGGAGAGAAAUACAAGCUUAUGUUGGCGCAUGAGUUCGUCCAAGGUUGCAGUGGCAACAAUGAAACUAAUUUAUACGAGAAUAUAAAUUGUUUAUACGAGCAUGUUAAGAAGGAAAUCAAGGGACUGAAGGAAUGCUUCGAGGAGGAAUGCUUCGAGGAGAAGGUGGUGAAGGAGUAUGAUGAUGAGUCCCUCGCCUGGAUGUUGUUCGUGGAUGGUUGCGCAAUACUACAGUAUAUAUUAUGUGCUACUUCUCCUGCUGCAAAUGACAAGUUCAAACCUCCUGCUCUUGCUGCAAAUGACAACUUCAAACCUCUUGCUCCUGCUCCAACUGCUGUUGCAAAUGACAAGUUCAAACCUCCUGCUCCGGCUCCUGCUGCAAACGACAAGUUCAAACCUCCUGCUCCUGCUCCUGCUGCAAAUGACAAGUUCAAAGAGUUGAAUAUAAAAAACGACAGCGUAGCCUUUAUUCAACAAGAUUUGUUCUUGCUGGAGAACCAGGUUCCUUAUCGUCUUCUCAAGUUAUUGAUGAGGUUGAGCGGGAAGGAAGUCCAGUUGAGUAAAUUAAUUGAAAGUUUCAUUCAAAACAUCAAUUAUUUGCAAAGGGAGCAGCAAACACCAGAAGAAGAAAGAGACCCAACCCAUCUUCUCGACCUUCUGAGAACAAGACUCUUAGGUCCUCCGAGUCCGAGAUGGCCCUAUAAAAAGACCAGAAUAUGUAUAGAAAAGCCGGCCCAUCUUCUUGAUCGUCUACGAACAAGACUCUUUUGCAAUCCGGAAAACAAAAGCAACAACAAAAAUAUGAGUGGGGGCCAAUCGUAUCGCAACGUGCAGGAACUUAGAGCAGCAGGAAUCCAAUUGAAGCCUAGCGAAAGUAGUUCCCUGGCAGACGUAGCUUUUACUGACCAAUUCACUUUCUACCCUGGAUAUAUUUAUCUCCCUCCAAUAACUGUAGACGACUCAACGGGGCCAAAGUUCUUGAACUUGAUAGCCUAUGAGAUGUGUCCAGAUUUCGACUAUGACUUCGGCGUCUACUCUUACAUAUCCUUCCUUGAUUCGCUCAUUGAUCAUCCCGACGACGUGAAGGAGCUGAGGAAAGCGCAAGUACUCAACAACCUCCUCGGUAGCGACAAGGAAGUGUCUCAGCUCUUCAAUGACAUAGCCACUGACUUGGUGCCUAACCCCAAAACAUAUGACGAUGUCAAAAAGCAGAUUCAGAAGUGCUACAACAGUAAGUGGAAGACAUGGAUAGCUCAGGCCAUUCACGACCAUUUCAGCAGCCCCUGGACAUUCGUGGGUUUCACUGCAGGAUUAUUAAUAUUUUUUCUUACUGCCACCCAGACUUGGUACACAGUCUUCUCUCCGGCCCCCUGACCCCUGAGAUCACAAAAAGGUACUCAAAACUUGUUUGUUUUUAGUUGUCUCCAAAUAAAUCUACCCCCUUUUAUUUCCAUUCAAUUCAAUUUUAAUUAUUUACUUUUGCUUUAGAACUGU